AUGUAUGUUGCACUCAUCGAAGAUAAAGGCUGCGAGCACGAAGAGACUUGGAUUGAAGAGCUGCAAAGGAGCUUUGGUGACGCAAUGGAAAAGGAGGUAAGCUAUGUCGAAAGUAAAGCAGCAGCUGGUAAAAAGGCUAUGGAUGAAGAAAGACUUCAAGAGACAACUAAGAAAGACCAGGAAAAAGUGGAAAAGAUGGUUCAGCAGAUGAUAAUAAAGAGGAAAACUAGUGAAAUUGUUUUUCAGCAGUUAGUAGAGGAUGUGAAACCAGUAUUGGAAAUGGAUUGUAUUACGGCUGCUCUAAAAAAGGCUCAAGAAGGAUUAGAUGCAGCAGUGGCCGACUGCAAGGAAGCUAAUGAUAAAUACCUUGAACUGCUCGAUAAGGACAAAGGAGAUGCAGAAUUUAAUUGGAUGAAAAAUAUUCAAAAGGAAUAUAAUGCCAUAACAUCAAGAAUUGCAGUCGGUAUUGCGAAGGAACAGGAGAAACUAAAGAAGCUAGAAUCGACAAGUAAAAGUAAGGAAUCGUGUAACCUCAGAUUGGAAAAACUGAAAAUGCCAACAUUUGACGGUGAUAUUAGACAAUAUCCACGCUUUAAGAAAGACUUCGAGCAGCAAGUAUUACCAGGACUGCCUAAAGAGUCUGCACUUUAUGCCUUGAGAUCAUGUCUCGUCAGAGAACCUCUCAGUAUUGUAAGAAGUGUAGAGGACGAUAUAGAAGAGAUGUUAAAGCGUUUAGAUGAAAAGUAUGGGGAUCCAGCGAAGAUUGCGGACGCAGUUAUUGAGAGCAUUAAAGAGGUAAAAGUCAUAAAAGAAGGAGAACAUAAGAGAUUUAUCAACUUUGUUAAUAUUGUAGAAGAUGCUUAUCAAGAUUUGCGAAGACUCGGUCUAGAAAAGGAGAUCACUACUACUAGUUCUGUGAGCAUAAUAGAGAAGAAAUUGCCAAACGAUGUGCGAAAGGAGUGGGCCAAGCUAGUCAGCUUUGAUUUCCCCCGUGUGUGAUAAAGGACACGUUAGUAGAAAUGGUUUAAAACAUCAUUAUAAGACACAUCAGAAUGGCAAUGAGAACAAAACGCAUUUGUAUUACUGCCAUGAAUGUAAGGAAGUUUUAAGACGAAGAGAAAGUUCUGGUUGCAUGAUGGGAAAGUUCAUGGACUCAUUGAAACGUCGUCGGAAGAAAGUGAUUCAGAAAUGGUUGCAGGGCAUGAAGAGAGAGUUAGAAGCACGCGGAUAAACAUGACAGACACAAGAACUGAUGUAAGGAAUGGUGGAGAUAUAAGAGGUGAUAGGAUGGAUUGGAGACUUGGUAGGGUCUCAAAAUUCCAGCCCGGAAACGAUAGAAAGGUUAGGAACGUCGAAGUUCAGUACAAGAAUCGAAAGAGUGAAGAACCCCUCAAUAAAUAUGGUGGUCAAGAUUAUGGCACAGUUGAACGAGCCGUUCACCGAUUAGUGGUAAUUCUGCCUGCUUAUCAUGAUGAUAAGUGA